CACCUUUUUUACCGCAAAGUUCAAAACAGAUUUUCACAAUUAGCAUAUUCAUCGUCUUCAGUCUCUCCAAUAAGAUUGAACUGGCAAGCACCAGAUGUGUCAGUACAGAUGAAAUCCUAGUCGACGGCUUUUGUUUUCUUCGCGUCGUCAUACCGUUGUCAUGGCAUCGAGCAAAGGGCUGGUGCCAGCACAAAGGGAAGGAACUGAUGUCUAUGGGAGAGCAGUCUACCAUUUCUCAAGUUUUGAGCAAGGCUAGAAUCCAAGAGGAAGUGUGGAUCCUCUCGUAUGACGUCACUCGUGCAAAUGAAACCAUCUGGAACCUGGAGGCUAGUUGUGUGACAGUCAGACUUGUGACGUCAGCCCUAAUGACGUCAGGCCUUGACUAUACCAGACAAAACUGCUCCAAGAAUUAUCAAUUUAUGUGCGCCGUGGAGGUGGAGCCGCCAGUGAGGAGGGCCAUAACAAUUUUGCCAAUCGAUAGGAUAAAAAGAGUGACACGCACAUCAGCCGGAGUUUGGAUGGAGACCCCCGACGGUCAAGUCUUCUGCCAUUGUGAGAUCACCAAAGUCUGCCCAACCAAGAACACAUGUCGGGUCAAAGUCAAAAAAUGUCUGCCCGAUUUUUAUGGUCCAUUCUGCCAAUACAGGGAUCUUGCAGGCAAGAACGCGGCCUUGACCUCUAGUUUACCUGUAGCCACGGAUUAUGACGUCACUACUUGCAACACGGAUAAUAAAAUGGUGUCCGCUUCGAUUACAUUUAGAGAACCCAAAUAUUUUACUUGGAUGAGAGUUACAGAAAAAAAAACUGGUCAGAAGGCCAGGGGAUUUGAACUUCAAUUCGAAUCAAAGAAAAAACUUCACGACUGCUGGGACUUGAGUCACGUGUAUGUUGUUCAGCCCGCGACAGACCUGAACGUCGUCGAUCUAGUCUGCACGCCCGUCCCCCCCUACGUCGACCGUGUCAUCCUCAUGUGGGAGGGGCCAAAAAAUAUUUGCUCAAUUAACAUUAGUGGAGGUCGCAAUACAGCCCUGCUGCAGAAAAGCUUCCAGAUUGGGAACCGUGAGACGGCGGCUGCUGUAGACGGUAACGCGGCAACCUGUACACCUCACGCCGACCACAGCGCUCCACUCAACUUCCUCAUCACCUACAGCAGUCCAUACCUCCUGCACGAGCUGAUAGUGUAUCCGCCUCAAGGCCACAACGUCGAGUUAAGUCUACAGUUUCUAACUGAGAAAGACGAGAGCAUUGGCACAAUGAACGGUAUCACCAGCCACAAGGGUAGCGUGGAGUUCAAGCUCAAGCAACGGCUACGUGUUCACAAAUUUCGACUGAGCAGUACACAACAGGUGCUCAUCUGUGAGCUGGAGGCUUUUGGCGAUUGUGCGCCACCCCACUACAGCGAAUAUUGCAACCAGACUUGCCCCUCGGGAUGUCGAGGCCAAGCGUGUCAUUACAACGGUCUUUGUUAUGGGUGUGAGUUCAAAUCCCAAGAUCCGAUGUGUGGUGGUGCUUCAAUAGAUGGCAAUGUGACGUCGACACCAAGACCAGAUGCUCCCCCAGAUAAAUGGGCGUUUUUCAACUCAACACUCGGCACCUUCCUGAUCUACCUGCUGAUACUUGGGCUGUGUAUGGCUGGUCUCUUCUGUUGCACGUGUCCGUGUAGGAAGAAAAAGUCGAAAAAACGGAAAGCAAAGCUUCACACAGGUCACCACCGCGGAUCGCUAGCUAGUCCUGUAGGACAAGCCGGAAGUCCAACCGUCCAGAAUAUCCAAUCAAAGGCCACCACGACACUGACAGAGGCGACAAGCAGCAUUACGUCAUCAAAUGUCUCAUCAUCAUCCGCAACAACCGCCUAAUUUUACAUUCUAGUCAUACGUCAGGGUUUUUAUUUUAGUCAUCCGUCAGGUUUUUUAUUCUAGUCAUACGUCAGGUUUUUUUAUUUUAGUCACGUCAGUUUUUUUUUUUAUUUUAGUCACGUCAGGUUUUUUUUUAUUUUAGUCAUACGUCAGGUUUUUUUUAUUUUAGUUAA